GAGUGCAAUGUACCAUGAAUCUGUUGACGAGCUAGUGGAAUGACUAAGGUUAAAAGUUGAAUAUUCUGCUCUCAUUCACUAGACCGAAACUUAACUUAAAAAUUUUAAUUUUAUCAGGAUUUAUUACUUUUUUUAAUUUACAUUCAAAACUUUUUACAAUGCCUAUCGAUGUAAAUGCAUUUUUAUCAGCUCAACAAAACAGUAGCUCUCCUGAACUGAGCCAAGAGUGGACAGUAUUGGAAGAAUAUUACAAUAAAAGGUUGUGGCAUCAACUCACAAUGAAACUUUUAGAGUUUGUAAAAUUACCACAGUUGCAAAAUGAAGACAUCAUGCUGAAGCUCUAUAUGAAUUUUAUAGUUGAUUUUGAAAACAAGAUAAAUCUGUUAUCAUUGGUAGAGAUCAUCUAUAUUGUAGCAAAACAAAUCAAAGAUCAUGACAAAUGUGUGGACUUUGUGACAAAAGUCAAGGAAAAGGUUAAGGCUAGAACUGAGGCUGUUGUUCUGUGUAAUAUCAUCAUAGGGCAUUUGAAGUUGACCAAGAGAGAGAUGGAGGGAGUAAAGAAAAUCCUGGAAGAAACUGAAGAACUGAUUGAUUCUCUGGAAGGAAUAACAAGUGUUCAUGGUCGAUAUUAUCAGCUCUGCAGUGACUACAAUCAAGUAAUAGGGAACCAUGCUCAGUAUUACAGGGAGGCCUUACGAUAUCUUGGAUGUACAGAAUUGACUGAUAUAUCAGCUGAAGAACAGGUAUCUCGAGCAUUUACACUCUGUUUGGCAGCAUUGUUAGGAGAAGGAGUUUAUAAUUUUGGAGAACUGCUAGCUCAUCCCAUCUUGGACAGCUUAAGAGGUUCUGACAAGCAGUGGGUGAUAGAUCUGUUAUAUGCCUUCAACAGUGGAAAUAUUGACAGGUUUGAAGAGAUGAAGUCUUCCUGGAAGACACAACCAGAUCUUGCAGCUCGAGAAUUGGCAUUGAGGCAGAAAAUUUCAUUGUUGUGUUUAAUGGAGAUGACUUUUAAACGUCCAGGUAAUCACCGCAUUCUGAAAUUCAGUGACAUUGCUUCAGAAACAAAGCUCCCAGUUGAAGAGGUUGAGUUAUUAGUCAUGAAGGCAUUGUCCCUUGAUCUUGUUCGUGGUGCAAUAGAUCAAGUAGACAAGAAAGUUCAUAUGUAUUGGGUACAACCCAGAGUUCUUGACAGAAAUCAGAUCGGAGGUAUGAAGGAGCGACUUGAACACUGGUGUCAAGACGUUCAGUCAAUGGAGAUUCUCUUAGAGAACAAAGCCCAUGAUAUUCUUACAUAAACAGAAUUUUUUUGCUUUAAAACCUCUGGAAGCCUGUUUCAUUUGAUCAUAUUUUCGCGUGUUAUUAAUUGUAUAACGUUUUAUAAACUGUCAUUUGUGUCAGUAGGAGUAUGUUCUGUAAUAAUAAAAUGGUUCAUAAAUCA